AUGGCGGAUGUGACCGUACUGGAAGGUACCACACAUUCCAUGGAGGCGAUGAUCCAGGAAGAUGCCCUUCUUACCACCGACAGUGUAAAGCGAGCUGGCCUAAGUGUUGAAGACAUCAGUCGAUCACUGCAACGGUUCAACUGGCCCGACUACGUAGUGUUCGUGCUGAUGCUGAUCAGUUGUAUGGUGAUCGGUGUCUUCUUCGGCUACAAGGACCAUCAAAAGCACAAGCGCCAGAAGCAUGCGCGGCGUGGAUCGGAGGCGCUGGACUAUCUGGUUGGUGGGCGUAAGAUGAAAAUAAUUCCCGUUUCCGUGUCACUGGUGGCGAGCUGGAUCUCCGGCAUCUCACUGCUCGGUACGUCGACGGAAAUCUACGUGUACGGUGUGCAGUACUGUUACAUAGUGUGUGCCGUGGUGCUGAUGGGUCUCUUGAUGAACUACAUCUUUUUGCCAGUCUUCCAUGAUUUGCAAAUAACGUCCGCGUACGAGUAUCUACAAUUGCGAUUCGACAAACGGAUGAGAUUAGUUGGUUCAAUAUUAUUUACUCUGGCCAGUAUCCUCUGGUUGCCCAUAGUGAUUUAUGUUCCAGCACUUGCUUUUAACCAAGUAUCUGGUGUUAACAUUCACGUGAUUACUCCAAUUGUUUGUCUGGUGUGCAUCUUCUACACAAGCUUGGGUGGACUGAAGGCGGUCGUGUGGACAGAUGUGAUACAAACGGGCAUCAUGGUAGGCGCAAUGAUUAUAGUCAUCAUCAAAGGCACGGCAGAUGUCGGGGGGCUUAGCGUAGUGAUCGAGAGAAAUUCGGCUGGUGGAAGAUUUGAACCGCCUGACUUCAACUUGGAUCCAACGGCACGCAACACAUUCUGGACUUUGCUGAUCGGUGGUACCUUCUUCUGGACAUCUACCAACUCCAUCAACCAGAACAUGAUGCAGCGCUACCUGUCCCUACCUUCGCUGGGAUCCGCCCGGAAGGCACUGGUGCUGUUUCUCGUGGGAACGACCACCCUGCUGGCCAUGUGCUGCUACAAUGGGCUGCUCAUUUUUGCCAUGUACCACGACUGCGACCCACUGUCGACGGGUUUGGCCAAGGCGAAGGAUCAACUGGUGCCGCUGCUCGUGAUGGAAGUGCUUGGCGAGUACCCGGGAUUGGCUGGGCUGUUUGUGGCGGGCAUCUUCAGUGCCGCCCUUAGCUCACUAUCCACGGCACUGAACUCACUGUCCGCCAUCGUGCUGGAAGAUUUCUGCAAACCGUUCGUGUCGAAACCGCUGACCGAAACACAAACGCGAUACAUUAUGCGUUUCACGGUGCUCGCUUUCGGGACGCUGGCCGUUAUGAUGGUGAUUGUUGUAGAGAAGAUGGGCGCCGUGUUGCAGCUGUCGAUGAGCUUGGGCCCGGUUACGUUGGGGCCACUGUUUGGUCUAUUCGUGAUGGGUUUCUUCUUGCCGCGCAUCAAUGGAAGUUGUGCCAUCGUGGGAACAACAGCAGGUUUGGCACUAAUGUCGUACAUUGUCAUACGGUCACAAAUCUCGAUUGCCCUCAAAGAGAUCGUUUUCGCCGAGAAACCGGUCACCGUGGAAGGUUGUCAGUACGAGUUUACGCCGAAAAAUGGAUCACUGUAUGUGGAGGAUUCUACACCGGGCGAAAAGUCGCUGCAUCAUGUGUCGUUUCUGUAUUACACGAUGAUCGGUUCGGUGGUGCCCACGGUAGUGGGCUAUCUGUCCUCGUUCAUCUUACCGCGUUCGAAAACCGACGACAUCGAUCCCUUACUAUUGGCACCGUUCCUGCGCCGGUUCUAUCGCACCCGGGACAGCAAGUCUAAUCACAUGACAGAGGUAUUGCAUGAGUUCGAAACCAAAGACAUCCAGCUGUAA